UUGGAGAUGUGUUUAGAAUUGCAUUACAAGCAAGUGAUGAAGCAGAAUGGUUCAAAAUGUAAAUCAGCGAUAUUUUUGAAACGUUAUGUUGGAAGUACUCGUAAAAAUCGUAUUUGUCAAGGCGGAUAUGUUGAAAAAAUGUUGGCUUCUUUUAUCAACAAAAGGGCUUUAUCGAAUAAUAAUAAUAUUUCUAGUUGGAGGAUCAAUAGAAAAUUCUUAACACAAGACAUUUUUCACCAAGCUUCUCUAAAGAAGUUUUUUAUUGGACUCAAUUCUGUUUACCACAAAAAUUAUCUUUCAAAUGACUGUUGGGUUAAAAGUGAAUUCCAUGGUCAAAUUAUUUUAAUCAUGUUGAACCAUCAAAGAGAAAACACACACUUUAUUGAGAAAAAGAAUCAGGCCAUGCUUAAUAAUAGGCGUAAUUAUACUAAAAUUAUGUUGAAAAUUACUAAUUGUCGAAGAAACGAAAUUAAGCAACACCUAUUGAGACAUGAUAUGAUUACCGUAAUUACCGUUACCGAAUGUGACUCCAAAUAUACGUUUAAACCUUUAAAUAAUGAUGAAAUCGUCCACAUCUUAGCUAAGCCAUAUUCUGCUGGAAUUGACACAACAGCGAAUUUAUCAUGUUUUAUGAUAUAUUAUUUAUGUCAUUAUCCUGAUAUUUUAGCUCGUUUGUUAAAGGAACUCGAUUCAAUCUUUUGUUUGGAUCAAUUUAUACCUACAAUGGAAAAAUGCACUACAUAG